CCUAACGGCUCCAUACUAGAGGACCUCAUUGCCGGGUGGCUACAGGCCGAGUGGAUUCGGGAAUAUUGGAGCCGAACCGAACCGGCCGAACUCCCCUGGAGAGCCGAGGCUGUUAUUGGACCGUAGUAUCCUGGGCAUCCCUAGGAUUGCAGCGCGUGCCGCGGGGCCAGCAGCGUUGAAGUCGAGAAGAGGGGGGACACCGCAGGGGGACAACAACGAACCGAGCAACCCGAACCAGGCUGUAGCUAUCCUGAUGGAGCUGGAGAUUACCAGAUCCGACCUGGGAGCCAUGGCCGAGUCACUGCAGCCCCAAACCCCGAGCAGACACGAAAAGAGUCUGGGAUUGCUAACAACCAAAUUUGUUACUUUACUCCAAGAGGCCAAGGACGGAGUUCUAGACCUGAAAGUAGCGGCCGACACCCUCGCUGUGAGGCAGAAGAGGCGCAUCUAUGACAUCACCAACGUUCUGGAAGGCAUCGGGCUCAUCGAGAAGAAGUCCAAGAACAGCAUUCAGUGGAAGGGUGUCGGCCCCGGGUGCAACACGCGGGAGAUCGCGGACAAGCUGAUCGACCUGAAGGCGGAGCUGGAGGACCUGGACCGGCGGGAACACGAGCUGGACCAGCAGCGGGUCUGGGUCCAGCAGAGCAUCAAGAACGUGACGGACGACACGCAGAACAGCAAGCUGGCUUAUGUUACCCACGAAGACAUCUGCGGCUGCUUCAAAGGUGACACUCUCCUGGCAAUACGAGCUCCCUCAGGCACACAGCUGGAGGUGCCCAUACCUGAGGCAGCGCUGAACAGCCAGAAGAAGUAUCAGAUCCACUUGAAGAGCACUUCCGGCGCCAUCGAGGUCCUGCUGGUCAACAAGGACACGUCUGGCUCCGCCCCCGUGGUCCUGCCCGUCCCCCCGCCAGAGGACAUGUUCCAGAGCCUCCCCACCCCCUCCGCCUCGGCCGCCGCCCCCAAGGGCGAAACCCCGCCCGCCCAGCCCGCGGCGGACCAAUCGCCAUCCUCCGCCGCGGCCUCGCCCGUCUCCGCCCCCGCGGUGCCCACACCCGAAACUUCCAGCAACAGCACCAGCGCACUUGAGCUUGCCCCGCCCGUCGCAGACACACCGGCCAAUGAGACGUCCUCCCUGGACACCCAGCCCCUCCAAUCUUCCGCCUCAUUGGACAGCAGCUCCUCGAUCCCGGCCUCCUCCGCAGUCUUCGAGCCCAUCAAGGCGGAUCCUUCAGAGAUGCUGGACUUCCCUAAAGAACUCACGGAGAUGUUGGACCCAACUAAAGAAAUUAUGAGCCCUGACCUUUUGGAAGAGCUCAUGGCUUCUGAAGUGUUCUCUCCUCUCCUCCGUCUCUCUCCUCCACCUGGUGACCACGACUACAUCUAUAACCUGGACGAGAGCGAAGGUCUCUGUGACCUGUUCGAUGUGCCCAUCCUUAACCUUUGACCCCUGACCUCGGCCACUGGGCGUAUGUGAAUAGGGAUUUUAACAGGAAGAAAGAACUUUUUUUUUUUUUUUUUACCCUUUUUUGUGGGAAAAAAAGAAGAAUGAAUAUAUUUUUGGAUCCUUGUAUUAUUAUAAGCUGAUUUGGUUGAACUAACAAAGUUUUUUUUUUUUUUUUUUUUUUGUUUUAAAAUUACUAUUUACCCCGACCUUUUUCCUUCUCAAAAAGCAAGUCAUUUUUUUCUGUACUCAUGACAGUUUCUGGGAGAUCAGCACUUGCCUCCCAGCUUCAGUUGUGGUGUACGCAUCGUUUGUGUGGCUGACACCCUUUUAAUGUAAUCAAUACCAUCCUUAUUUAUAGAACCCACACGCAAGUGGGUGAUAAGUGUAGUACUUUUCUUUUUUUGUCUCUCUUUCUUUGUUUAAAGAGCUUGUUUUUCAUUUUGAACUUGUGCGCUAAGAAUAGAGCUUGGAGGCAGGCUGGAAACGAGCACUGCGCCCUCUACAGGAUGAGUGUGGAAACGAAGAGGACAGGGCAUGACGUUCAAGAGGCUGCAGUUACCCUUCUGUCCAGGAGAUGGCGCCAGAGUGCCGGAAGCAGUGCCUGGCUGACGUUUGUUAGCUGCCUCAUACCAGCAACAACCCCCCCCCCCUUCCCUCAGAGUCCUGUGUGCUAUCAGUUUUGCUACAGCCAUCCGUCCUGUCAUCGUACACACCACCAGUCACUUAUUAAAAAGAAAAAAAAAGAAGGGGGUUCAACUUUAAUUUGCUUUUAUUUCGAGACAAAUGUAAAUUUGUCCGAAGAUAUUUUGCGAUCUCUUCUUGCCUGAAGUGUAGAAAGUUUUCAGGCUUGUUUUUAAUCAGAAUUCAUUUUUGCGCAUGUGUGUGUGUGUGUGUGUGUGUGCGUGUUUGCGCGCAUGUGUGUGCGUGUGCUUAUCUACAAGAGGGAGCGAAUUGUAGCCCACAGUCAUAAUGCCCAGAAUAUUCAGAAACUCAUGUUCGUAUUGAUGUGCGUUUGUUUUGCAGGCUUAUCGGCGCCAGGUGUCACCGAUGCAGAAUGUGUGUCAUAUUACGGUGCUGUCAGGGUGUAGAAAACGGCCAAUGUGCUGCCCCCCCCAACCUCCCCCCUCCCCUCGCCCCCCCCGACGGGAGAGUCUACCGGCCCCGCCGACGUCUGUAACCGGACUCCUGGAGUAUCGGCAUGUCCCGCAUCACCUGCCUGUUCAGGUGUGUGUAUGCAACACCUGCGCUGUCCUCCGCACUGCCCUGGCUGCGGUGAGGACAGGUGAAUCGCCAACCAAGCAAAAUAUAUUUAAUGUUUUUUGGUGGCUUGACAGACCUGAACGUUAAGGCUCCAAGUACUGCUUUUAAACAAAUGUGUCACUCACCCCAAGGGGUGGCUAGUGUACCUAUCACCCUCUGACCUCUGACACGUCAGUCUGGACAUGUGCACGGUGUAAAGAGGUUAGGCGAGAGUUGCGUUGUCACCGCGAUUCGCACGAGGUCGGUUUUCACUUUUUAUUAUUUUACAGGGUCUUGUGCUGCUUUCGGGACGUCCGGGCGACGUUGACGUGACCUUUCAGUGGUCUGCGUCUGCACGGGUGUGCUUGAAGCAAGUUUAACCCAUUUAUGGGGCAAAUGUAAUCUGGAGUAUAAGCUAAGAAGAGACCAUAUGAAGAAUUGUUGUAGGUAAAAAAAAAAAAA